CUUUGAGUCGGAACCGCCGGUGAACUUGGGCGCCACGUUCCGGGUGACGGACCCCCCGAGGAUGGUGAACGCGAGCUGCUGCUGACUCUGCCUCUGCCGCUCCUUCUCCCGGCUGCCGAGCGCCUGGGCCCCCUUUCUCCUCCCCUUGCCCGGCUGUGGGUGAACCUGCAGGCUCCUAACCCACCCGGAGGACUUUUUUUUGAAAGGAAACGAGGGAGGGAGGGAGAGGGAAAGAGGGAGAAAAAGAAGGGGAGCUCGUCCAUCCAUUGAAGCACAGUUCACUAUGAUCUUACUCACAUUCAGCACUGGAAGACGGUCGGAUUUCGUGCAUCUUUCGGGGGUGUUUUUCUUGCAAACCUUGAUUUGGAUUUUAUGUGCUACAGUCUGCGGAACGGAGCAGUAUUUCAAUGUGGAGGUUUGGUUACAAAAGUACGGCUACCUCCCACCAACUGACCCCAGAAUGUCGGUGCUGCGCUCUGCAGAGACCAUGCAGUCCGCCCUAGCUGCCAUGCAGCAGUUCUAUGGCAUWAACAUGACAGGAAAAGUGGACAGAAACACAAUCGACUGGAUGAAGAAGCCUCGAUGUGGUGUACCUGACCAGACAAGAGGUAGCUCCAAAUUUAACAUUCGUCGAAAGCGAUAUGCAUUAACAGGACAGAAGUGGCAGCACAAACACAUCACUUACAGCAUAAAGAACGUAACUCCCAAAGUAGGAGACCCUGAGACCCGUAAGGCUAUUCGCCGUGCCUUUGAUGUGUGGCAGAAUGUAACUCCUCUGACAUUUGAAGAAGUUCCCUACAGUGAAUUAGAAAAUGGCAAACGUGAUGUGGAUAUAACCAUUAUAUUUGCAUCUGGUUUUCAUGGAGACAGUUCUCCCUUUGAUGGGGAGGGAGGAUUUUUGGCACAUGCCUAUUUCCCUGGACCAGGAAUUGGAGGAGAUACUCAUUUUGAUUCAGAUGAGCCAUGGACACUAGGAAAUCCUAAUCAUGAUGGAAAUGACUUAUUUCUCGUGGCAGUUCACGAACUGGGACAUGCUCUGGGAUUGGAGCAUUCAAAUGACCCCACAGCUAUCAUGGCUCCAUUCUACCAGUAUAUGGAAACAGACAACUUCAAACUUCCUAAUGAUGACUUGCAGGGCAUCCAGAAGAUAUAUGGUCCACCUGACAAGAUCCCUCCACCUACAAGACCUCUACCAACAGUGCCCCCACACCGCUCUAUUCCUCCGGCUGACCCAAGGAAAAAUGACAGGCCAAAGCCUCCUCGGCCCCCCACCGGCAGACCUUCCUAUCCUGGAGCCAAACCAAACAUCUGUGAUGGGAACUUUAACACUCUAGCUAUUCUUCGCCAUGAGAUGUUUGUUUUCAAGGACCAGUGGUUUUGGCGAGUGAGAAACAACAGAGUGAUGGAUGGAUACCCCAUGCAAAUUACCUACUUCUGGCGGGGCCUGCCUCCUAGCAUCGAUGCAGUUUAUGAAAACAGUGAUGGGAAUUUUGUCUUCUUCAAAGGUAACAAAUAUUGGGUAUUCAAGGACACAACUCUUCAACCUGGUUACCCUCAUGACUUGAUUACUCUCGGAAGUGGAAUUCCCCCCCAUGGUAUUGACUCAGCCAUUUGGUGGGAGGACGUUGGGAAAACCUAUUUCUUCAAAGGGGACAGGUAUUGGAGAUAUAGUGAAGAAAUGAAAACCAUGGACCCUGGCUAUCCCAAGCCAAUCACAGUCUGGAAAGGGAUCCCUGAAUCUCCUCAGGGAGCCUUUGUGCACAAAGAAAAUGGCUUUACAUAUUUCUACAAAGGAAAGGAGUAUUGGAAAUUCAACAACCAGAUACUCAAAGUAGAACCUGGAUAUCCGAGAUCCAUCCUCAAGGAUUUUAUGGGCUGUGAUGGACCAACAGACAGAGAUAAAGAAGGACACAGCCCGCCAGAUGAUGUAGACAUUGUCAUCAAACUGGACAACACAGCCAGCACUGUGAAAGCCAUAGCUAUUGUCAUUCCCUGCAUCUUGGCCUUAUGCCUCCUUGUAUUGGUUUACACUGUGUUCCAGUUCAAGAGGAAAGGAACACCCCGCCACAUACUGUACUGUAAACGCUCUAUGCAAGAGUGGGUGUGAUGUAGGGUUUUUUUUCCCUUUCUUUCUUUUUCCAGGAGUUUGUGGUAACUUGAGAUUCAAGACAAGAGCUGUUAUGCUGUUUCCUAGCUAGGAGCAGGCUUGUGGCAGCCUGAUUUGGGGCUGACCUUCCAAACCCAGAGGGUUGCUGGUCCUGCACAUGAGUGGAAAUACACUCAUGGGAAAGCUUCCAUGAUG